UGGGAAUAAUGGCAGUCGCGAUAAAUACAUGUUGAAUCACCUACGUGUCUCUUGACUUUUGUAAAUAUUAACAAUGUGAGUAGUGUAUAGAAGCCAGCGCUCAACUUCCCACUAGAUAUUAUUACUGUUAUUAAUUAUAUAAAUCGGUAAGGAUUCGGAAUUCAUUUUACGGUUGGAUUACCCUGGGACAGGGUGUCAUCAAGCUUUCACCAACUUUCAAGUUUCUAUUUUCUACAAAUCGUUGACAGUAUUCUCUAUUGUGAUAAACUAUGGCGUGGCUAGCUGAUCUUGCUGGUAAGGCUGAAACCUUGCUCAAUAAGAUUGAUCAGAAUACAGCAGCUGUUUUGAGUAAGGAUAAUUAUGACCCUGAGCAGGAUCAGCUGAUAAACGUCACUUCUGUUGUGGCCGCUAACAGUUCCUUGUCGAAUCAUCCUGAGCCAGGAACACCCACUCGUUUCCCUCAAUUUAUCACCACUCCCCAGGGCACGCCAAAAAAGUCACAGCCCCAGAGCCAAGAGGAGUUAACGACAUAUCUGAACAGCCUCUCAUCAACCCCAAUGAGCCAAACGAAUGGAGGAGUGUUCCACCCUCCUCCAACUCCCUCAUCGCUAUCCGUUGAGACAUCAGACCCGAAGGACUCAUUAUCAGAGUACUCCCACAGUGGGCGAUCAUCCCCAGAGUUCCCUCACACCCUGAUCGACCUUCCUGUUCAAGACAUAUCGUCAUCAGAUCCAGUGACUGAGAAUCGUCUCCUAAGAAGCGAAAUUGAGAGCCUAAAGAAUGAAUUACUGGUGUCUAUGCACGUUGAGAGAUCGAUAGAGAGUGAACAGAGUGAGAUGCAUGGAAAAUUGGAGGCACUGAGACAGGAGUACGAGUACAAAUUAAAUCAGCAGAGACAGCAGAUCGAACACUUGAUGAAGAUGUCGAAAUAUUCGGAGAAGAAACAGUCCAAGUCUGGACGAAAAAACCUGGAGCAACAAAACGAAUUUCUAAAUAGACAGCACACUGACAAUCAGAAAGAGAUUGAAGUGCUCAGGGAAAAGAUGGACAAGGUGGAGAUGGACAAUGGACAGUACGUGAAGCAAAUCUGUGAUCUGAAGGGAAUUUUGGAGAGGAGCCGGUUGGACUUGCUGUCUACCAGGCAAGAGCUUGAGCAACAUCGGGCGAGGGCCAUCAAAACCCUUCAGGAGAAGGAGAAACUCAUAGCCGAACUAAGGGAGAACAAAUUGGAUACUGGAGUGGACAGUUCUGCAACGACCAUGGAGUUGAAUCAACUGAGGCAGGAGUGCAAUAGUCUCAGGCACGAGAAUCAACUGGUCGGUGAGCAAUUGAGAAUUGCACGGGAAGAGCUUGUAACUGCUGAUCUCAAAAUUGAGGAGAUGAGUAGGAAAAUUGGACUUGCCAACAGAGAAGUACAAGAGAUUUUAUCCCUGGAAAAGCGGAAGAGGAUCGAGGCCGAAGAAGAUGCUAAAGCGCAUAUGGAGGAAGUCAGGGCUGUCAAAGAGGAGUUGGUAUCUCAGGGUGGCGUUUGGUCGACGAAGAUGAGAAAACAGGAGACGGAAAUUUCGAGACUUAGGUCACAAUUGGCUGCGGUCUCUACUCCUUCCAGCGCUGUUGAGAGCAGAUUAGCUACUCUGACGCAGACUCUUGUCGCGAAACAGAAUGAACUUGAGGGACUGACUACGGAGAAGAAUGCACUUAGAUUGCAGUUAGAGAAGGCUGAGCACGAAUACAGGAAACUCUUGGGAAACUCAAGAAAGCCGUACAACGUUAACGAUACUGAUGACGCUAAAGCUCAAGUGCCAACAUUCCUGAUGGAAACUCCAUUCGAUACCACAAUGGCUCGAAAAGUCAAACGAGCUUACUCGUCAUUGGAUGCAAUUAGUGUGAGGACCGGAGUCUUCCUCAGACGAUAUCCACUGGCUCGGAUAUUCGUUAUAAUCUAUAUCGCGCUUCUCCAAUUCUGGGUGUUGGUAGUGCUCCUGUCCCAGUCUCCAGAGGCGCACUAACUAGGACCAGUAUCUAUAAAUAAACUGUUACUGGAAUUUUGUAAUAAAAAACAUCCAAGAUAUUUUAAAUAA